GACAGAGACAAUCGAUGCAAGUUGACCCGUGUUUCUGCGCUCGAGCGCAUUCAUUCCGUUCAUGAUUCCCCAUCCUCGUUGGCAAACGAACUACACACAGAGGCGCUGCCGUGAUUAGUGAGUUGAGGUACCGCGUUCCUAAGCGUCGUGUUUAUUACAAAGUGCAGUUCUGCGCGAGUCGCGCACACUACGGUUCGCGGAAAAAAAAGUGUGGUGCUACUUGUAAUAUAUAUCCAAAGCGAGAUAGUAUGAUGGUCUGAUCGCGAUCCCAACAUGACCGUGGAUUUUGUCGACUAUUUCUGGGGCGAUAAGAAUAAUGGAUUUGACGUGUUGUAUCAUAACAUGAAGCAUGGUGUAAUCGCCAGUAAGGAAUUGGCGGAAUUUUUACGAGAGAGAUCGGCCAUAGAGGAGAACAAUUAUAAGCUCCUUAGUAAGGUAGCAAAGCAGGCGAGUAAUAGCACGCAAGGAACAUUCGCACCUAUAUGGGCCGCUCUGAGAGGUGCUGCUGAGAAACUUGCCGUUUUACACUUCCAAAUGGCCCAGCGAGUUACCGAACUCAUAAAAGAUGUAUCAAAAUACGCGGAUGAGCUGCAUAAGAAACAUAAGGCUGUGAAGGAAGAAGAAUCGUCUACUUUAGAAGUUGUACAAAGUAUACAGAGCAUUACAGUAACAUUACAUAAAGCGAAGGACAUGUGUAUGCAAAAGCGGCUUGAAUUAGAGAAAUUGAGGAAGGACAAUGCCAGUCAGAGGGAGUUGGAGAAGGCGGAGGGCAAGUUCAAAAAGGCGCAAGACGAUUAUCGGACGCUGGUGGAUAAGUACACGGUCAUACGAAACGACUUCGAGGCAAAAAUGACUCAAGCUUGCAGGCGGUUCCAAGAUGUGGAAGAGACGCAUCUGAAGCAUAUGAAGGAAUUUCUGAAUACGUACGCUGAUGUUUUACAAACCAAUCACGAGCAGGUCGGCCAGGUGCAUAUCGAUUUCAAACGGCAAUGCGUUGAUAUGACAGUGGAGAAGUUAUUAGAGCAAUUCGUUCAGAGUAAAUACACGGGUUUUGAGAAACCAGGUGUGAUCGAGUAUGAGGAAGUUAUGACGAGUUUAACGGAAAUGACUAGCCACUCACAAUUGGAAGGUGGUAUGGAGACGCCUAAGGAAACAUCAAAGAGCACCAAUGGCGAGACAGGCGUAGCCGGUAACAGUCACAGUUCAAAGAAAGAUCAGGGAUUAAAGGGGAAGGGUGAUACUACUUUGAGGGUACUGGACGGGGAAAAGGGGAGGGUGAUAUUGGAAAAGGAUAGAGAAAAAGAAAGGCAGAAGGAAAAGGACAGAGAAUUGUCACAUGCACAAACCAAGGCUUCACGCCGUACUACCUCGUUACUCAACCUGUUUAUGUCCAACUCCCAGGACAAACAGAAGCAAACAGGGUCGUCUGGUUCGGCACCUGCCACUCCUCAAGGGAACAACCUGCCUCCUGCUGUUCCACCUCCCAGCAUCUCCAGGAACCCCCUCAGAGGAUCUAAAUGGUUCUUACGCAGUAGGAGAGAAAAACGGAAGGAGAAGAAAGCAAAGAAGAAGAAGGACCUUGUCGAUACGAGCAGCAACAAAGAAGAAAAGUCUGACCUGGAGGACAAAGAAGAUAGCAGAAAAUCAGAAACACCAACACCAGAGGUGGACGAGGAUGGCUUUUGCAUUAGACCAAAAUCGGAUCCGUGGGAAAACGAAAAGGGAUUCUAUUCCAGUUCUGAUACCGAUUCGGAGGAUGAGAGGGAACGUAAGAUUCGAGUGGAAAUAAAGCCUCUCAGCAACGGUGGUGCUCCCAUGAGUGCCAGUGUGGAUGAAUUAAGGGCGACAGUGGAAAAUUUAUCUUUAUCACCUGCACCAACAGGACGUAGAGGAUCGAAUACUGAUUCUGAUCAUCACAUGAAGAGGUCUCAGUCAGUGUCACAGCAAUUAGGAGGUAAGCCAAGCUCAGAUUUACUUGGCCUAAACUUGUUCAAUCCUAGCAGUACACCAUCGAGCGCGUCGACACCAACCGGUAGCCACCCUUAUGCCCCGCUGCAGAGCCCACCGCCACUUUCCACAUCGCCGACCCCGCCGCAGCCGCCGCCGCCGCAAUCUGCGCCGCCUACACAUUCUCAUACUCGAUUUACAGAUGGAGAUUUAUUUUCGGAAGUUGGAGACAUUACGCCGGCCUUACCGCCAAAGCAGUCCGCGUCCUCAACCCCGACGGGAUCGAUUGUGAUACCUAGACCGCCGUCGCGUCGAGGAGAAGGCCCAUCGCCACGCGGCAGAAUGUCACCCGCAACAAUAUCCCGCGCUGAUAGUGUCGCUAGCCUGGAGUUUCGUACUGCCGGCGUGGGUGUAGGCUCCUCGCGGGGACCGUCCCCGCUCACGAUCGGCCUAGCCGACACCAUUCCACUGGCAGUGGCGUUUCACGAAAUAGUGCAUUCCUAUUUUCGUGGCACGGACGAGACCCGGUGCCAAGUAAAGUUAAGCGGUGAUAUGAUGCUUUCGUUUCCGGCCGGUAUUGUCACUGUUCUGGCAAAUAAUCCCAGUCCUGCUAAGCUGACCUUUCGCGUGAGAAACACCAAUAAAUUGGAGAGAUUGCUGCCGAACAGCCAACUUAUCAGCAUGGACGCAACUCAGACUACCGUCGAUAGUACAAUCUUCGAAUUCAACAUGAGUGCCUUAACUAUGUUGUUACGGCGGCAAGCUGAACAGAAUCCUUCGGCCUCGUAUUUCAACGUGGACAUCCUCAAGUAUCAGAUCAAGUGUAAGGAAGGCGCCGGUUCAUGCCCCUUUCAAUUGGUCGCAUAUUGGAAAUGCGAGACAACCCACACCGAUCUUAAGAUUGAUUAUAAAUACAACAGUCGCGCCAUGGCAUCGCCAAGUCCUCUGCUGAAUCUUCAUGUCGCGGCGCCUAUCGAUGGUGGUUUCAAAUCGCUCAACAGUAAACCGCCGGCACAGUGGCUAUCCGAUACGAAUCGCGUGCUAUGGAAAUUUACGGAGCUUUCGCAGCACAGCGAGGGCAAUGGAGUCGGAUCUCUGAAGGCGCGAGUCGAGCUCGAACGUGGCCCAGGCAAUCAGGGCACCAUAUUCACCCAGUUCAAUUGCGAAGGGACCACAUUGUCGGGUGUCGAAUUUGAGCUUGUAGGUUCUGGCUAUCGAUUGAGUUUGGUGAAACGAAAAUUUGUGUCUGGAAAAUACAUAUGCGACGGAGAUUUGGAUUCGCGCUCAAGAUAUGCUGCGCCGCCAUCCAGUACAGAUUGACGACUUCCAGAAUGGGCACCUCAAUGGGAGAGCCAGCCCAUUUAAUAUUGGUUAAUCAUUCACUGCCCAUAUCACGACUAUCGAUCGUUCAUACGCUGAUUAUACAUGGAGAAACUUGUUGGAUACCAAAGUGUGCAUCGGCCGAAGAUCAAACGGAUCUUUUUGUAAAAAUAGUGUAUUAAAAAAUGUAAAUAAGAAGAAAGGGCGCCUUAUAACCAAAGUAUCUUAUGCCUUUUCAUCCACGAAACAAAUGCGAUCUGUAUUCUCUGUGCGUUCAACGCCGAACGUUUUGAGUCUUUAUGUACAUUAAGCUAUAUUUUAUCUCGGUGGGAACAUAAUUACAUACAAUUAGGAGAUUAGGUAUAAGACGAUGCGUUCGGCGCUAGACGCGCCACUAUUAAGCAAGCCGAUUCUUUAUUCUCCGCGAUUAAAACGAAUAAGUAGACACAGAAAUAUGACUUGAUGCAGGGACACGCUAUGACGAAUAUGCAUUCUAUGUGUUUUAUACAUAAUUUGUAUAUUUUUUAAUUUUUUAUAUAUUCCACUAGGGUACUACUGUACUAAACUGAUAAUUACUAUUUUAACGAAGUUUCUAUGAUAGGACACGAUAAAUAUCGCAAAUAAUCUUUUACGUCGAACGAAAAAGAUUUUCGCGUGAAGAUCUUUGGUGUCCAGCAUAUUUUCCAACGUAAUUUCUGCUUUUGACAAUUUCUCUCUCCCUCUCUCUUCCUCAUUCUCCCUCUCUUAUCUCUCUUUCAUAAUCAAAAUAUGUCGCGACGAUAUUUUAUUUUAAUUUUCUCUUAAAACAAUGUACAACAUUAUUUUUAUUAUUACACUUUGCGUUAGUUAUUAAUGUGGUAUGUUAACAUUAUAUAUUGUUAAUAACUGUGCGAAAGAGGAAAAAAUGUAAAUGAUAUAAAUGUCGACUGAGUGUAUAUUGUAUGUAUAUUUAGCGUUUAUACUUUGGAAGAGAAAGGGUAUUUACGCGUGAUGCGCGAGUCUUUUGGCGAAGAGAUUCCGGCACGUACGCUAACUUUUAGUUUAUUUUUAUGCGCGAAGAUGAUAAUAUUAAAUAGUAAGUUGUACGAUAAAACGCGAGUAAAGAACUAUGGUUUACUGGUGGAAAUAAUGAGAUGAGGAGCAAUAGCAAAGAGAAGUAGAGAUAAAGAGUUUAAAUCAACGAUACUUUUUUAAGCGUUAACACGUGUUGGACAUACGAGACGAAUCAAAUGCGAUUCUGUAUUUUUGAACGUUUAAAUGUUAAAACGCAAUUUUGACGUAUCGAUGACAGGAUUUUAGCUUUAGGUAUUUUAGCGAAAACGAAGAGUCGUUUAUCUAAAUGUUUCAAACUGAGAUUCUUAGUAUUAUACUUAAAAAACGCUGAAAGUUUCGUACCUAUUGCGAUUGUGGCACGUUUUCGUUUUCGCCUGUAAAAACGUGCUCUCGUUACAGUUAUAACACACUUGUUCACAUACGUCACAUCUAUUACUUUAUACGAAUUAAUUUACUCAAUCAGAUUAUACGAGAUAUUACGGACUAAUAUUAAGGCAUUUUAUACGCAGGAUUGAUUCUCAAUAAGUAAGUCAAUUUCCAAAAGGCAUUAAAUGGCUGGUUUGUAUGCAAAAUUUAUCUCAACAUUAUUAAUUGAAAAUUAAUAAGAAAAAUUAAAUGUGAAAGUCGCAAAUGUUCUGAACUAAAUUAAUUUGACAGAUUUAAUUUGUAUGCAGGAUAUACAUUAUAAUAAUAUUUUUGAUGAAAUAACGACAAUUUUAAUUGUGAUAGUAAUUUUAUUUAAUUUUAUCGUGUGCAAUAUAUACAGUUGAUUUCAAAAA